UUGUCAAUAAAAAACAUUAAACGACGAAGUAAUAUUUCUUUUGACGUGUCCUCGCAAAAAAAAAUCGAACUUGUAGGUCACAAAAAGUGAAAAAAUCUAUGUGUACUUUGUGAUGUGAGUACUUUUAUCAUUUGGAAUCGAACUGGAGGUGAAAUUGCUGCCGUCGCCAUCCGUGGAAACGAUGAGUUGGUUCGACACGACAGGAAUUGCCAAUCUGGCAAAAACAGCGCUGAAGGAAGCGCAGAAACAGAUUGAUAAGGCACUAGACAUAAAAGAGGAUGAGGACGACGGUGCUAUCGGCAACGGCGGUACAGCCACCGACAGUGGAUUGGCUGCAAAACAAAAAGCUGAUCCAUCGAUUGAGAAAGGUACUAGCGCUGAGCUUUGCAAUCCAGUAGCGGAAGUGAAGGGUGGUGGAAAUGUCAGCAGGGGUCAGAUAGAUAGCAUUUGGGGCUCGUUUACUGGAUCGUUUUUCGAGCAGCCCGUAACAACGGCCAAUGUGACGGUGACGAAGGCCCCUUCAAGUUUGAAGCGUAAGAGUUUCGAAGAUUCUGGAAUGUCUGAAGUGCCGGAAAAGGUCGGAUCACCCGAGAAUAGUUCAGAAUCAAUUGAAUUGCUGAGUCCAGUUACAACGCCUGGUUCGGCUUUAACAUCACCUAGUUCCGGUCCGACCGCUCAAGAGGAAUCAGAGUCGGUAGAGGUUAUUAAGGUGCUAGGGACGGCUUCAAGUAUUUCAUCACCGGAAUCGAUAACAACGCUGGAUCGUAGCCCAGAAAUUGAGGGAGAAGAAGAGAUGCGGUUUACUUCAGUCGAGUUGAACGAAGAUGACGAUAUCAGCGUGGAAGAAGAUUCCAUUUCAUACACACUGUCGGAGCAGCCAAUUACGGUAAUGGAAACAAGCGACCAGCCGGCCGCCAUAACGGUUGCUCCUAGUCGUAGUAGUUUACAUUUGAGUUUGGAUAAAUCAACUCUUUCACGUCAGAUGACUUUCUCGGAAGUUUCGGUUUGUGAAACAGAAACUUCCAAUGAUUCGGAGACGACGGUGACGUCGGAAGAAAAAGGUAAACGACCUGUGGAGCAGCUGGAAAAGUCAUAUGAGAACAUCGAGAUUCAGACACAAAUAUCAGAUUCUACACACAGUUUCGAAGAGAUACAGGCAUCACAAGUGCCAGUUACGCUGGCAGAGCAUAAACAGUUGGAAGCAACAUCGUCUCACAACUCAGGAGAUGAAAUUGAAACGGCGACUUCAUCGGAUAUUGAAAUUAUAUCCAGCCCAAAUGGCGAUUCUAGCAGUACUAACAGUGGAGCGUAUAGAACCAGUCCACUAAAGAUUCCGGACGGAAAAGGAAAUAUCGAUAUUAUGAUGAUAAAGAAACGAGGCCAUAAUCGCGAACUAUCGGAAGUUUCGGUGCAAAGCGUAAGCAGCGAUGACCUGAGUGAAACAGAGAAAUUAAUGCGUAGGAUAGCGGAAGUUUCUGAGAUUUUAGAACAGAGGGAGUUUCGCCUCUUGGAACUUGGACGGCAGAAUGCCGAGCUUCAUGAACAUAAUUGUCAGUUGACUGCUCAGUUAGAGUCGAAACAGAAGCGAGCAGAAAGCUGUGAAUCCGAUGAGUAUACACAAAGAUUGUCCGCCCUGGAGAAGAAAUUUCAACAGGCAAUUCGAGAAAGGGAAGCAUUCAAAAAACAGUCAGAGGCUGCACGAACUGAAGCACAGGGUAAAGUAUCUCAAUUGGAGGUUGACAAGAUUGUCGGUGAGAAGAACUUUAUGAUCGAAGAAUUAAAAAAAGAGGGGGAAAGCCUCUCAAAACAGGUUUUGAAUCAUUCAAAUAUCAUUAAAAAGUUGCGCCUGAAAGAGAGAGAAAGCGAAUCUUCGAUAAAGAAGCUUAAGGAAGAUAUCGCGGAUCUAACGGAUGAAACAGAACGGCUUAAGCGUUCUUUAUCGGCCAAAGAAGAAGUGGAACGCUCUCAAAUCGAUGCCGUACAUAAACUGUCUUCAGAAAAACGAAAACUUGAAAAGGACAAUAAUUCUCUGAAGAGUCAACUGGACGAUCAAACUCAGAAGCUAGAAACUCUGAAGAAAAGUUUUGAUUUUGCCAAGAAAGAGCUUACAGAGAAAACUGAAGCUUAUCAGGAUUUAGUAAGAAAGUCCUCUCUGCUAUCUACAAUGGAAGCCGAACACGGUAACUUACAAAGAGUAAAUGAACAAAUUAGUACCGAAUUGGAUGAUCUGCGCGAGAAGUUGCGCUCUGCAGAAUUGGAGCAUGCACAACGCAUUCAACGACUAAAGACUGACAAUGCUGAACUGCUAUUGCGUAUCGAAGAAACGGAAACCCGUUCAGAAGAGGACAAAAAUGCCACAGCGAUGGUCACUGUUCCUUUAAUGAAGCAAAUUGAAUCGCUUCAAAAUUCAUUGCGCAAUAAGGAGCGCUUAUGGGAGCAACGUGAAGUUGAUAUUCUUCGAAAAUUAGAUGAAUCCGUAAACAAAUCAAAAAUCUUUGCAGACAACGAGAAAUCGUUAAAGGAUCAGAUAUUUACUCUUAACGGUCGAAUUUCCAAUCUGGAGGAACGGCUAACCGCCGCCCUGUUCAAAGCCGAAGACUUAACCAACAAUAUACAGCAGAAACAGAUCGAAAUCGAAUUACUAGAAAACGACCACAAAAUCAAAAUUAACGGCCUAGAAGCUGACCGGAAAUCUUUGAAAUCUACAUUAUCCGAGCUUGAAUCCCUUUUGGCAGAAAAAGAAUGCAAAAUUGUUCAGCAGAAGGAUUUGAUAGAAUCUAUGAAACAGCAACAGUCUGUUAUCAAUCAACAUCACAAUAAACAUGAUGCACUUCAAUCCGGUCAGCGUAAUUCCCCGCCAUCGCCAUCUUCCCAAGCAGCUGGUGCCCUCGGAGCAUUGGGCAUUGAAUCCCGAACCUCUUCGCCGACACCAAGUAUGGGAAAUUUGUCUCUGCCUGAAUCGAUUGGCAGUAUUCCAUGGAACCAAGCAGAUGACGACGGACUCUGUUCGAGCAGUGGUCGGCAAACGAUAGGUGGGCUGCCACUACUGCACACCACUUCUCUGCUGGAAAACCUUCAGGCUACUCUAAAGCAACGAGAUGGCGAAGUAUACCAGCUGCAGUGGGAGUUAUCUCGAUUCCAGCAGGAGCGCAACGUUCUUCACAUGGAGAUAUCCAAUUUGACAUCCGAAUUGGAAAGUAUCAAGGAGAAAUCGGAGCGUAGCGCCAGGUUGGAAGAUGAGCAUACCCAGUUGCAGGAACGGUAUGACGCAUUACUGCAGUUAUAUGGUGAAGCCGUUGAAAAAACCGAAGAAUUGAAGCUGGAUCUGGUUGACGUGAAGGAGAUGUAUAAAUUGCAAAUCGAUGAUCUGCUGCGGCAAGUGGCUGCCGGGAAACAGUUAUAAUAGUAGUAGUUAUAAAUCCAGUGUUGGCAACUGCUGUCUUCGUAACCGCAGAGGACGAUGAGUACAAGAGGAAGGAGAAUUUAUGCUUGAUGAACGGUGGUCGCAUGGAGAGUCCAUAAUAAAAAAAAGUCAUCAUGUUAAUAGCUUCCAUCAGCUUUCAGCAGUCAGCAACGUUCGCUCGAAUCGUGCUAGAGAGAUUGGUAUUAAGAAUAUCAACAAAGUUGUAAAUAUUUAUAAGCCGUCGUUGCUUUGUUUCGGGUAAUAUAUUUAAAGCUUUCGUAUAGUCGGCUUGAGGUGUUUGUCGAAAAUGUUCGCCAAAAUACCCUUUUUUUAAAGACAGCCUAGAGUUUUUCAGUAAUUGAGGCGAAGUUUGAUGCGCAUUGUACUGCAAUAAAUCUAUAUUGUUUAAAACAUAUAGGGACAUAGACUAUCGGUAUCACCUACAUCAUAAUUUCAAAAAUUAUCAUAGAAAACUUACAAUUUAGUCAAAUAUAUUUA